AGCUCCGCCACACCUACCGGCCAGAGUCUCCUGCGCAUGCCCGGUAGGAAACGUAACGGAAGCUGCACGGCGGCGCACACAGCCUGGCCGUCUGACCGACGCUGAAUGAGAGCGCACUGAUUUUGACUUCGAAAUGAUGAAAUUUCUACCCAAACUGCUGCUGCUGGCGCUGCUGGCCUUCCCGGCGACUGUCCUAAUCAAAGGGCCAGUGGUUAGCGCCCAGGAUCUGACGGAGGAUGAGGAGGCUGAGGCUGUGGAAGAAGAUGUCGUGGAUGAUGUGACGGCUGACGACGAGGAUGACGAGGCGGAAGUGGAAGAUGACGAUAACGCGGAAUUGACGGAAGAAAAAGAAGAUGAAGAGGAAGAAGCGUUGGUUGGAGAGGUGAAGGCCUCCCCUAAUGCUGACACCACCAUCCUGUUUGUCAAAGGAGAAGACUUCCCAGCCAACAACAUCGUCAAGUUCCUGCUCGGCUUUACCAACAAGGGAUCAGAGAACUUCAUUGUGGAGUCCCUGGAUGCUUCUUUCCGUUACCCACAGGAUUACCAGUUCUACAUCCAGAACUUCACCGCUCUCCAGCUAGGCACUGUGGUUCCUCCCAGCAGGCAGGCCACCUUUGAGUACUCCUUCAUCCCCGCUGAGCCGAUGGGAGGGCGGCCAUUUGGACUCGUCAUCAACCUCAACUACAAGGACAGCAGUGGAAACAUUUUCCAGGAUGCAGUGUUCAACCAGACAGUCACCAUCACUGAGAGAGAAGACGGACUGGACGGAGAGACGAUCUUCAUGUACGUCUUCCUGUCAGGCCUCGGGCUGCUGGUCAUCGUUGGCCUUCACCAGCUGCUGGAGUCGAGAAAGAGGAGGCGUCCAGCUCCGAAGGUGGAAAUGGGAACUUCGAGCCACAACGACGUCGACCUGAGCUGGAUCCCUCAGGAAACACUCAACCAGAUCAACAAAGCAUCUCCAAGAAGAUCUCCUCGCAAAAGGAGCCAGAAACGCUCGGCCGGCUCGGACGAGUGACGGGCGCCCGAAUCCAACGGCGACAAAUCUUCACCCGCCCGUCUACGUAAGAGGAGGAGGGAGGGGGGGGGCUGUGAGCGCCGCAUGGAGCGCACUCUGCCCUCGCUACUGAGAAACUUUGACCAGUGCCAAGCAAUGGCUGGCUCUCUAAAUUCAGCUUAAAAACUGUUGAGAAAACACACACACACACACACACACCCCACACACACACACAGCCCUUCUUGUUUAAUGAUUUCUGUUUUCUGAAGCUUUCGCACGAGGGAGAGAAGUGAAAAGGAUCGUCCUUAAACAGGUGUGUUGGGCUUAUAAGGCACAAGAGGACUUUUUUUUUUCUAAGGUUGUUGGUUUUCUUUCAAGAUUACAUUUGUUUGUUAAAGCCUCCAGAAGAAAACUGCUGAUAUUAUCAUUGCAAGACACUUUUGAUUGUGUUUUAUUUUUAUUUUAUUUUUUUGUAUGUUUUUUUUUUUUUUUUUUUUUAAUUGCCUGCCACUUUGGUGUAGGGCUGAAACAACUAGUGGAUUAAUCGAUCUAAAGAAAAUGAAGUGGCAACAAUCUUUGUCAUUUUUCAAGGAGAACCGCCAAAAUUUUGAAUCAAGGUGGUUUUUCACCGUCUUCUACGUUUUGUAGACCAUAAUAGAUGAAAGGACAAUGUAUUUUUCAGAUUAACUGAUUAUGAAACUACUAGUUGCAGCCCUACUCUGGUGUGUAACGGAGCCACGAUAACACGUGCAGUUUUGUUUUGAAUUUUUUUCAGUGUAGUUUUGCAUUAAUAGAUUCUGUCUGCACAUUUUGGAUUUUGUACUGUGUGUUCGCUCUCUUCCGGCUGCGCCGUCCCUCUCUUUCUGUCCUUCCUCUGCUCAUUUCACUGCACAGAUCCUGGGGAGAGUCCGAUCCCAGUGCCCGCUAUCGCAGAUUCACACACUACCCGUGGCUCGUUCUCAAAAAGUCUGUCAGGGCCCAGUGCCGUCCCGAGCCCCUUUUGUGCAAGGACACUGUCUUGCAGACUGCUUGAGGGAACAACGGUGUUCGUUCAGGACUUGGGGAUGAAAUGGGCGGCUAUAAUAAAGGAAAUGUGAAUUAAACACAGAAAGGAGCUUGCAAAAACAUGAACAGUCGAUGGCAAUCGUGCGUAGCUUUUUUUUUUUUUUUUUUUUUGUCUGUGUUUUCUGCGAUGGCAUGGCCAUGCUUUCUGAAAAUGUUGUGACCUAACAUCAUCGCUGUUUGGUACUGCAGGGCAUCAUUCAACAUCUGCGGGACACCGGGAGGUCAGACGCAGCAUAGCUCUGGCAUCCAAGUGGUUUGAGUCGUUUGAAAUCCGUUGUUGAGCCACUGUCGACAAAAAUGGACACUGUCUUGCUUCUCAGAUAUUCAGAAAUUGUUUAAGACUUAUUGAUUUGGGGUUUUUUUUUUUUUUCUCCAAACAUUUGGAUAUCACAGUUAGGAAUGAAACCGUACAGCUGAAUUGAUUAAUUGAUCAGUGAAACCAUACUUGUCAUCCAGCCGCGAACCGUCAGAUCUGUGGACGUGAAAUAAGAGCGGAGCGAGGAGCCUGACGCAAACCGCGACACCCAGAAGUCCCCGAUCGAGUGUGAAGGUCGUAUCUGUGCUCGUGUAGAUGCUUUGGGUCUGUAUUAGGUAACCGGCUGAUGAGUUUGGGUUUCUCUCCCUAAAGAGCAGCAAGACUUGAAAUUCGUCGUCUUUAAACCCCUGACGCUUGAUCGAUUUCUACUUUUCUCUACUGUAAAUUUCUUCAGUUCUUCUCUCCUCCAAGCAGCUUGGGCAAAAUCAGAAAAAAAAAAACAAAUAAUUUACCGAACAAUUCAUUUGAGUCUUUGUUUUCUUUGCUCCCGUUGGUUUGUAAACAUGUCGAACCGGCCGAAGCACCGGUGUAGAUACCUGCUGUGAUGGAUGCUGAUGUGAGCGCAGAAUUACCGAGCUAAUUUAUUUGAGUGACGGGUUUGGGCUUAAACUGCGGGUGGGCGGGGGAUUGAGGAGGGGUGGGUACCCUACCUCUCUGUUUGACCACUAGGGGGCGUCGCCGAGUCGCGCUGCAGGGCUUGAGUGUCGGUUUGCGGCCCCUGUACUGCCGAGUAAAGCCUUGCGGUCCUGCGCGCAACCGACCUCCGGGUUCUGCACGAUGGACCCUGAAAUUCUGCGGCGUCCUUUCGUUUGCUGCCGAAAAAGCAUCACCACGCCGCCGAGGCUUCUCGAUACCACUCGUUAACCACAGACAGCUGAGCUCAUGUGUGUUAAUUUUUUUUUUUUUUUUUUUCUAAAAUGACUGGGCUGACAUUCAUUAAACACAAGCUUAUACUUUUAUCUGCUUUUAAAUGUGCAGGAAAAUAAACUUGGACGAUUUGCUGUA